ACUGCUAAUAAGUUCACUUGGUUGUAACCUUUAGAAGGAAACUCUGCACCUCAAAUAAAUCGAACUAGUAAAGCUCUGCAUGCAUGUGAGCAGAGAAGAGGUUUGGACAACAACUCAUUAUCCCGCUGUGAGUGUCGUCACUUCGCUCCAGUUUUGUAGGGGUGUCUUAUCUUGCGCACAAGCAGGCGAGAUUGGAUGGAAGAAACAGACAGAGAAACAAGCCAGACUGCCACUUAGCCCACUGAAGGAUGUGAUGGGCACCUGACACCAUGACGGACAGGGAGGAGGACGAGCGGGACUGCAUCGCUUUUUCACCCUAAAUCAAACCUAAUCUCACGUCCUGUUUCCAGCUCUUUAAUUCGACUCAACAAAAUAAAAACCAAGACAGCAUGGAGGCUGAUGGAGAGAUAACUUUACCUGCUGGUACCUGCACUGACGAGGGGAUGCAACUUUAAUAAUAUGCGAGAUUCUUGAAUCAGUUGGUUCAGUUUUUUUGUUUUUUUUUUUUUUUUUUUUGGAUGUGCAAGGUAAGUUAAAAUCUACGGUUUACGUAUCCUGCACCUUUACUCAAUGCUGCGCUGUUUCAAAGGUUUCAGCUGUUUCUUUAUAAAGGAUCAGCUGAUUGUAAGCUGUAAGUGUUUACAAGUUGUUGUUUUUUAAAGUAAGUUUUGUUCAAGCUUGAAACAUAAUGAAAUGCAAACACACACUCAAACACAAAAGAAAUCCUAGCCUUCAAGCUACACCUGCUCGUUCGAAACAGGCAGCUGAUAUGCUAAAUAAUAAGUCCAGAAGAAGAAAAAGAAAGAUAUUUUGAGUCGGUAAUGGGUUAUGAAAAAUGUAUUUUCCUUAAACAAAAAGGGUUACAAUUCCAUCCAUUUCCAGUGUAGAAGUAAUUUCACCAAGCAGAAUAUGAUGUUCACCUCACUAAUGCUUGGUAAUUCCAUUCUUCAAUUAUUUUGAGACUACGAAAAUGUAUUUUAAAUAUUCGUCAUUUUACUAAAUGAUUUAAUAAGUCGCAUUUGUUUUUGUGUUUCAGCACCUCGGACAGCGCUGGUCUCUGCUAGCAGCAAGUGUGUAGAUCCGCCACUAGGGGGCAGCACAAGUCCCUCGUAUUUAGGGGUCCUCUGUCUUUGGCCAAGUUUUACAAUUUGACCUAAAAAAGAUUAAAUCUGACUGUCAAAAGAGCGGCAACCAGAGAUGAUCGUGCCAGUUUGCCUUCAGGGAUUUCUGCCUUUCUUUUUUCCUAAACCAAACCUUUCUGGUGCCUAAACCUAACCAAGUGGCUUUCUGGCAGAAAGCCUUUCUGCCCCCCCUGAGGGCAAAUUUCACCCAUGUGCUUUCCAAUCUGAGGACAGAAGCAUGAUGCUCAGUACUGACCAGCCCGAGGCCGACCUGCCCUGGGGACAAACGGACACCGAGACCUUUCUGGACACUUUCAACGUGCAGUGUGGGUCCGUGCCGGCCGAUCUCGCGGACGGAGAGAGCAAGGCGCGCUCCGUGCUCGUGCCCGCUCUCAGCAGGGAGGAGAAGAGGCGAAGGAGGCGCGCGACGGCUAAAUAUCGAUCAGCGCACGCCACCAGGGAGCGGAUCCGUGUCGUGGCCUUCAACGUGGCCUUUGCAGAGCUGAGGAAACUGCUCCCAACGCUCCCACCAGACAAGAAGUUGUCCAAGAUUGAGAUCCUGCGACUCGCGAUUUGUUACAUCUCCUACCUCAACCACGUGCUGGACGUUUAGGCUGUGAGGACCAACAGGAGGACGGACUGAGGCAGGAUGAGUGUUUGUAGCGAGCCACGACAGCUGAAUGAUUUCUAGAAGCAACUAUAAAGGAUAUUCAUACCACAGUUUGAAGAAUACCCUGUAACUAUACUUGUGGGGUUAUAAGGUUAUAUUAAACUAAUGGAGUAACUCUACACACACACACUGUUGACUACUGUGCAUCCUAAGAUUAUUAGGGGACUAUCACACAGAUUUUUCAUCAUGGAAAGACUUGCAAGACUAUAGGUUUACUAUCAUCAAAAGGGUGAAAAGAAUGGAAAUAUUUUUAAAUCUGCUGUAUGUUAUAGUUGUGUAGCCAAACUACUAAAACACUGCAAUGCUCGACCUUAAAUUUGUUGUAUUUAGUUCAAUCUGUUGUGACUUUGUUUCCUUUUUGCACCAAUUUGUAAAUAUAUUUAUUUCAAUCACACACAAAAAUAGUCUACCAGACUUUUGUGUGCUUUGACUAUGUGGGAUUCAGUUGCAGCUUAAAUUGCAUUUCCAAUCCAUAUGUUGUAAAUAAACUGUGACAGCUAAAAGAUGUUUAAGAAACCUGUUUGAUCCCAGUUAUCUUUCAAUAUCUCUGAACCCAGAAGGUCUUUGCAAAGGCACAAUCUGAUUUGUAGGCCUUGUUCAUCUUAAAAUGUGUCUUUUGAACACAUUUUGCAAGUAGUUUUAUUUCUUUUUGUAGCUCUUUUUUAUUUCAAGUAAAAAACCAUUAAGGGAAGCUACCACACAAGCUGUUCCUCUUCCACAUGUGUGAGGUCUUGGUAUUUGCUGGGGUUUCUCUCCCUCUGGACGGGGCAGGUGUUUCUCCAGACGAACCAAAACAACCUUAUUAUGGCCAUCCAUCUGCUUCGUCUCUGGACGCGCACACACACACACACACACACACACACUAAUGCACAUACAUACAAAUGAGACAGUAAUGUGAAAUUAUACAAGAAAAAACCUUGUUUCACUAACGCUAAUUCUAUGUAGCAGUGAUAAACUUACUGUAGGUGAAAGUGGCAGUGAGAGGGGGUCAAAUACACAUUUUAGAAUAUUUUUCAACAUUAGAUAUGCAUGAUUGUCUUACUGUCAGCAGCCCACAGUCAAAGACCCAUUUUUUCUACUAUAUACUAGGAAUUUCUAUUUUAAAAGACAAGAAAGAAAGAAGUAGUAGUAAGUCAACAUGAUUUAAUUAAUACAUUUGGUAACUUUAGCCAAAAAUAUCCAAGCAAACCAGUUCCACUACCACAUUUUGAAAUGGAAUCUGCCAUUUCUUUUGUCAUUUCAUUUAGUCAGAUGGAAUAAUAAAUAAUUUAUGGUCACAUUGAACAUUUGAGGUUUUUCUCAAUGUUUUAACAUGCUGCCCUGCCUUUGCACAUUACCAGAAGAGGGCUUUUAUAUUUUCAUAUGAGAUCAGGCAGUGGAUAUAAACUCCUGCUUGUCCCUUUAAUUUCUCUCUCCAUUAGUCAGAAGCUGCCUGUGCUCCUUCUCUCGUCCCCUUUAUGUGAGUCUCUGCGGUGUAAUGUGGCCCAAGGGGCUCGAGGUAUUGUUCAUGUCCACUCCAGCAGCAAGAGUGACAGCCCUUUGUCUACACACGGCACAUUGCACACACUGCACACUUGGUCUACACACUGGAUACAAUAGGUAUGUUGGGGAGCAGAGGGAGAGAGGCCAAGCCUAACAUCAGAUUUUAAGAUAAAUGGGGCAGGAAAAGUUGUGAAGCUCAUAUGGUUAUUAAUAUUCUGUGGGUCAAAUACUAAAACUAGGCAAGAACUUUAGGCUAUUUAAGUCUGCACACAUACCACAGUGUCUGGGAAUUAGACUUAAAUUUUCUCUUGAAGUUAAAUUUACUUUCAUGUGUGAACAGGUUGGGAGCUGUGGUUUGAUGUUAUUCUGGACGUUCCCUCUUUAAAUGUUAUGCUUCCUGCAUACAUAUCCUUCAGUUUAGUAAAGACUUGUCAGACAGUGUUUGGAAGGAGCAACACUGCCCUCUGAUGGAGUUUCAUAGAGGGAAAUGUAACUAAAAAAGUUCAUAUUCACUUUUUUAUAUCCUUAGCCUCUGUGGAUGUAUAAUUUAAAGGGAAUCUUGCACAUUUUGCCUGUUGUUUAAAGAGGCCUUUCCUAAAAUAUAUUUGAGACAAUUGUAUAGGCAUGUGUAUCUGUGUCACUGAUGCCUGCAUGCUCUGCUGAGUAAAGACUUGCAACAGUAAUGGUUUAAAUGUUUGCCCUCUAGGCUUAGAGUCUUCCUCUGGCUUGUUUUUUUUUUUUUUUUUUUUUUCCUCAGGACCAGUUGGUUUUGCGUACAUCAAUGACGGUGGCUCACAUAAGUGUUUUUUUUUUAUCACCACCUAACCCAAGUUGUGUGUGUGUGUGGAGGGUUAUUGCUGUUCAGGUGAUAUUCAGAGUUAUAGCUGCAUGGUUUUUGUGUGCCUUGAGCCAUUGAAAACACUGCUUUGUUUGCAUUUACUGUAGUAGCUGUUCUGGAGCUUUCAAUCAUAUCACAUGAGAUUCACCAGCAGAUGGAGUUUGCUCAGUUGUUUUGAAAUUGUAGAUGUGAUAUGAUCAAAAGCUCUGGAACAGCUAAUAAAUAGACCUUGAGGUGACCUUUUUUGUCAACUGCUGUUUUUAAGGUCAUUAAACUCAACACUGCUAUAUUGCGCAUUACUGAUAGUAUUGUUGUUGCGUUUUGCUCUUGAUGCAGUGAAUAAAAUGCAGCAAACAUC